AUGGGCCAGGAGCCCCAGGAGCUUGAGGUGGGGCACUGGGUACCCCAAGGGGCACAGGAGGGCAGCCGCCUCCGCCCCGCCUCUGAGAGCCCUGAGGAGCCGUGGAACCCUGGGAGGGUGGAAGGCCUGGGAUUGCAGCCGCGGGGGAGGGGCCCUGCCGGCGAGGGGGUGGGGUGGGGAUGUGCACCGCCUGCCUGCCUGCCACCUCUGUUUGGUGUCCCCCAGGCCCUGGUGGACGAUACUGAGGACGUGUCCCUGGACUUUGGCAACGAAGAGGAGCUGGCCUUUCGGAAAGCCAAGAUUAGGCACCCGUUGGCCACCUUUUUCCAUCUGUUUUUCCGAGUGAGCGCCAUCGUCACCUAUGUGUGCUGUGACUGGUUCAGCAGAAGCUUUGUGGGCUGCUUUGUCACCGUGCUUCUCCUCCUGUCCUUUGACUUCUGGUCUGUGAAGAACGUGACCGGGAGACUGCUGGUGGGCCUCCGCUGGUGGAACCACAUAGACGAAGACGGGAAGGGCCGCUGGAUUUUUGAGGCCAGAAAGGCGUCCCCGCAGCGCAGCGUGGCCACAGAAGCGGAGGCGCGCAUCUUCUGGCUUGGCCUCGUCAUCUGCCCGCUGAUUUGGACCGUGUUUUUCUUCAGCACCUUGUUCUCCUUGAAGCUCGAGUGGCUGGCCCUUGUGAUAGCUGGGAUUUCUCUCCAAGCUGCUAACCUCUAUGGCUACGUCCUUUGUAAGAUGGGAGGUGAGAGGGACAUCAGCAAAAUCACAGCCAGUUUUCUGUCCCAGAUGGUGUUCCAGACGGCCAGCCCAAGGGACUUCCAGAAGCCUGGCCUCAAGGGGCUGGAGAUUCACAAGCAUUAG